AUUUAUUCAAGGACAUGCGUCAUUUGUUUCCAAAUGAGUUCAAAACGGUUAACAAAGGCGUCUUAUCCUUAAAUACUCAGUAGACUCUCAGUCUUUGCAUUUCUCUGAAUUCUCCUUUAUUCCUUGGAAUAUUUUCUCUGUAUUCAAAUGGAUCAAGUUUCUUUCUCUAAUCUGUCGAGGAAUAAUUCGGCACAGAACAGCACACAGAGAGAUAAGGUCCUCCGGGAUGGAUAUGAUUUAGAUGUUUAUGGACUAGACACACAAUGGUUCCUCUUUAUCCACAUUCCUGCCUUAUGUUGUAUCUUUCUCAGUCUUUUUAGUGCAUCUGCCGUUAUCAUUGCGUCAUUCCGGAGUCGGACGCGGCCGUUCUUUUCCUGGACGCGAAGUGAGCGUUUUGUAGUGUACUUGUCUCUGUGUGACGCGCUCUUUAAUGUGACACACAGCAUGGACCAUCUUCAGAUGGUCAUCACUAAGGAACACGUGUAUCCCAGAGAACUGUGUGAGUUUUAUUCAUUCUUCCUUGGUGAAUUUGUAUCUGCACAACUUCUGAUGACUAAUGUGGCAGCUAUCAACGCUUUCGCACUCAUUUACCUUCAUAAAGAGUUCAAACUUGGCAGAUAUGACUGGAGGCUUCUUCUUUACACAUUCGGAGUACCUUUUGUAAUGUCAAUGUGUGCCGUGAAUUUAGGAUAUUAUGGCCCCUCAGGAUCUUAUUGCCUAUUUGAUGGCGUGAAAGGAGCACUUGCUAGCGUUUUCUUUGUAACUGUUCCAAUAACCCUCAUCCUUGUGGUAAAUGUGGUGCUCUAUAUCUUAACAUGGUGGAAAAUCAACACGGAAUCCAAAAGGCUCAAGACCAUGCUAGGAAAAGAGGCUCAGACGGUGCGUGCGUCUCACAGGGCGGCCAAGCUGAUGAGUCUCUUUGUUGCUGCUUUCUUUAUCCAAUGGUGGGCCCUAGCAAUCAUCAGUGUGUGGCACAAUUUUGCGGUGGUGCCACAGGAAUUCUUCACGGUGGUUGUCGUGUUCACAAACCUCGGUGGUGUGUUAAAUGGGGUAGUGUACAUCAUCAUUAAAAAUAGAAGAAAUCAGAAUUAUAACUCUAAAGUCUCUAAGGUCAAAAAGAAUUGUAGUCAGAUGUCUCUGGACUCUGGCAUGGGAAAUUCAUGCACUAACAUUUCGACUGUAGACACAGCAAUGUAA